AACGUCGUAGUUAAAAAAAGAAAGCCGCCAUUUUGACAUUUGUUUGGCUUUUGUGUUCUUCAGCAAAAGUUAUCAUGUAAUUACUCAUUACGAGCUAUUAUUCAAUAUAUUUCCGCUAUCGAACUAUUUCGCUGGUAAUUCGGAUGAAUAAAAUCCAACGCAUCAGUGAGAAUCGCAUGCGUCGAGCACCUAAAAAAUCGAUAAUGUACCAGUGCCGCUUUUUUACUUUCGCGUUAGAAAUGUUCACCUUAUAUUAUUAAUUUGUGUUCUUAAUCUAUUUUAAAUAGCUCCUGUAUUCAUCAUGAAGUGUUUUAAUUGUGUAUUGACUGAAUACUGAUAGUGUUAUGUGGUGAAAAGUGGAUUUGUAAAAAGGCGCGAAGUGGUCCGCGCCGAUUUUAUUUGAGUACGGAAAUAAAAAAUAUAUUAACUAAAACAAAGAAUAUCUGGGAACGCGUUAUGUGUAUCAGAUCAAAGUGGUGUUUUAAUUGAUUUUCCGAUUAUGCAUUACGUACAGCAAAUGGAAUAAAUGGUACUUUCUAAACAUUAAGUUCAUGUUAAGUUGUCCUCUAAUCUUGCGAUGCGGUUAAGAAGUAGGAAGAGGGAGCGGCCGCUCUCAAGUAAAAGGAGUACAAAGGUAACGAAACUCAAGAAGAAGUCGGUUAAGCCUCUCACCAAGCCACCCAACGCUUGGCAGAGCAUUCUCAAGCGAGAAGUGAAAAAUGUGGUGUCUGACACACCACAAUUCUGCAUCACUCGAUCCCAGAAGAAUUUGAAAACUCGUCCUGUAAGAACCAAAUUAAGUAUGGAGAAACCGUUGGAGACUAUGCACAAGAAGGCUAAGCACAAAGAUGAUGGUCGCACAAAGAAACCAAUCUUUCAGACGGUUGUACGGAGCUCUACUAAAGACCCGGUAUCUUCGUCAACCGCUGUGAAGGUUAAGCCUCAGAAUGAUAAGAUUACUACGACUUCUAAGACCAAGGAAGUCCGUACAACGAAGAGUGUGCAGCUCAGACACAGUUCUUUAAACAGAGAGCUUAAGAAGACCGAAGUGAUAUCUUCGGCUAUCAGUUCUCCUCGGAAGACGAGGCGUAUGGAUAAGACGGACAAGUCUGCCUCAUUGAACAGCUCGCCAAUACGUAAGGUACGUCAAAUUGGGAUCAUAACUCCCAAAGUAACAAAGUCUUCAGUCAGUUCUACUAAUGAGAGUCCUAAAAAGAGGACUAAGAAAGCUCCCGUGGUGCCUGAAACUAAUUGUUACCCUGAAGACAAUGAUGUGACCAUGUACGAAGCGCACACUACAACUUUUGUAGACUUUCCCACUCAGAAGUCUGAGGAAUCUGACUCGGAUGGUCACGUUGAAUCGUCAGAACUUUGUCUUCCAAAUGACUGUCUGAAUGACUUCAUGGCUAUAGCAGAAUGUGCUAGGCUGAUCAACGAGGAUAUGCCAUCUACUGAAGAAGAUAUUAACUUCCUAGCUGAUAAGGCAGCCAGGGUGAUGACAACGGAUAAGCCAGCGGAGAAGACUUCGAGGACCAACUCGGUGGAGAAGAGAGUGAUGAAACGCAGGAAGUCUAGCAAUGACCUGGAAAUGUACCAGCCGACGUCCACUACUGAUGAUCUCGAUAAUUGUACUGAUUUCUUGACUAACGGGGAAAAAUAUGUUCAGCCCGACUUCGUAACGAUGCUCGAACAGGACGGCUACGUCCGUGACUCGGAAUGCGAGAUCUCAUCUACCUGCGACACCCAGGGGACUGCCAUAGAGAGUCUGGAAGCCUUGUCAGCUCGCAGCCCUAGCUCCGGCUUCCUGGCUGAGAUCAGCCAGAGCUUGGCUGCCGAGGCCGCUGGAUGGAACGGCACCGACAUGACAGCCGAUGAAGCCGCGCUUGCGUGCCACGACGAGCAGUCGCCCACAGACAUAGAGGAGGAGGCAGGCGAUGUGAUAUCUUCGUGCAGUAACCGCGUGGACUGCGAGCAAAUCUCUUCCUGGGUCGACGCCUUCGAUCCGUAUCUGUUUAUUAAGCAGCUACCCCCACUGGAGACGGUAGCGACGGGGGCCUUGCGCGCUCGCUACCCCGCGCUGCCGCUCAAAACUAGGACCAGCCCUGAUUUCAGUCUUGUGCUAGAUCUAGACGAGACAUUGGUGCACUGCUCGCUGCAGGAGCUCCCAGAUGCGAGCUUCCACUUCCCAGUGCUGUUCCAAGAUUGCAGAUACACUGUGUUCGUCCGCACUCGGCCGCACUUCGCGGAGUUCCUGUCGCGCGUAUCUCGCGUGUACGAGGUGAUCCUGUUCACCGCCUCCAAGCGCGUGUACGCGGACAGGCUGCUCAACCUGCUCGACCCCGCCAGGAGGUGGAUCAAGUACAGAUUAUUCCGCGAGCACUGCCUCCUGGUGAACGGGAACUAUGUGAAGGACCUGUCUAUACUCGGCCGCGAUCUGCGCAAGACUGUCAUCGUUGAUAAUAGUCCACAGGCAUUCGGCUAUCAACUGGAGAACGGUAUACCGAUAGACAGCUGGUUCGUUGAUCGAAGUGAUAAUGAGCUUCUAAAACUACUACCCUUCUUGGAGCAUCUGGCUACUAAAGACGACGUACGUCCCUACAUAAGGGACAAAUACAAACUGUUCAGUUAUCUGCCACCGGACUAAGAUGUAAACCCCAGAACACACUGCGGCUGUGCGGACAAUUUGCAGAAUAGCCGGUCAAAGCUGGAAAUAACCAGCCAAAGUGGAUUAUUGUUAAGGUAUUCCUUCCAUUAUUUUUUUGGGAUUUUUUUACAGUCGUUUUUGUGAAAUGACCGGGUAAAGUUGAUAAUGACUUUUUUUUUGUGAAAAAUUAUGUUUUUUUUUAUGCAAAAAACAAGAAUAUUGUGUAUCAAGUAAAUGAGUUUCAUACAAGGUCUCUUUUUUUGAAAAUAUUCUUCAAAAUGUCCGUGCAGUAAAAUAAAUAGAUUAUAAUAUAAUAUGUAUGUAUGAAUAAAAAUGCAAAAUUUUCGAUAAAUUCGGGAAAAUAAUUUCUAAAAAUUAGAUGAAGAUAUUCUAAAGUGUAGAUUAAUUUAUUAUUUUUAAUUAAAAACUUAAUGGAAUCGGCAUACUAAUAGAAUUUAAUUUAGUUCUAAGUUUAUGAAUGACUGCUGUUGUAUUGAAAAAAUAUUUUGAUUUUGUACCUUUUUUUUUUCAUUUUUAAUCUUAAAAAUACAUGUUAAAAAGGUUAUAUUUUUCAGUGAUUUUUACCUAAUUUGGUUGCUAUUACAAUUAAAAUUCUUCUCAUUACAACAGCUGUGAAAAAAUAAUGAUUUCUAAGCAUUUGAUGAUAAAUUAAGAAAUAAUCGAAUGCAUAUGAAUUGGGUUACAAAUCUGUGAUUUUGUUUAAAAUUGUGUGUUCUCAAAUUGUUUAUCAAUGCACCCUGAAUAUCUUGUGUAGACAUAGCUUAAUGGUUAUUGUGUAAAAUGACCGUAUAUCUGUAGAUUCGUCGGAUAUUCUUGAAAUUGGCUGGUUGUUAUAUGAAGUUGAUUUUUGCAGUUUUUUUCUAGUUUUGGUAUAUUUAAUUAUAUUUCAUUUGAGUAGGCACUUAACUAAGGUAGACAAUUUUUUACAGCCUUACUUAUAAAGAUCUCUAAUCACUUUCUAAGCAACAUUUUAACUAAUUACUACUUAAAGCCUUUUUUUUUCCGACGUUAAAAAUCAUCAAAUGACCCCUCCCGCUGUGGGUUAGCAGCGGUGAGGGAGUGUCAGACUCUUACUGACUA